GUCUUGUCACACUUGUCACCUUGGUAUUUUUGUGCUAGAACAUAUCGCCAACAUGGUGAAAGUGAUGAAACGCGCCAUUCUGCUUGCUGCGGCGGCCUUGUCAUUGAUGCUCAAGUCAUUCGCCCCCGAGCGACUACUGCACGAAUCAGUAUGGCAAACAACAGCAGCUAUCUUCUCAACUAUAUUCGCCAUUAGAUUUUUCUGGUCUUCUCUGAUCUAUCCGUUCUUCUUUAGUCCUUUGCGACACCUUCCGCAUCCGAAGCAGACGUCACUUCUGCUCGGACAAUUUUCCAGGAUUGUCAAGGAGCCUACUGGCUAUCCUCAUCGCGAAUGGAUGGAAGAGAUUGAAAAUGAUGGAUUGAUUUACUACCGUGGUCUCUUCAACAUGGAGAGAGUUAUGGUCACGACUCCAAAAGCACUCAGCGAAGCCGUGACGCUGAAGAGCUACGAUCUGAUUAAACCACCGGCUUUGACCAAAGGCCUUGCCCGCAUCCUUGGAUAUGGUAUUCUCUUGACGGAAGGUCAAGAACAUAAGUCUCAACGCAAGAACCUGACGCCGGCUUUUAGCUACCGUCAUAUCAAGGAUCUGUAUCCUGUCUUCUGGGACCAAUCUCGUGACAUGGUAUUGGGAAUCGACAAGGACCUUGAUAAGGAGUCAAACGAGGGAGACACUGGAGAGACUAAGGCAGUAAGCACGGAGAUCAGUGUCGAUGGUUGGACCUCCCGUGCUACACUGGAUAUCAUCGGUGUGGCGACCAUUGGAAAGUCCUUCAACGCCAUUGAGGAUCCUAAUGGUAAACUGUACCUGACCUAUCAAGCUCUCUUCAAACAGGACUGGCAAACGCGCCUCGUGGGCCUUCUCAACAUCAUUCUACCAUUCUGGUUCCUUAGACUAUUGCCGAUACCGCGCAACAUCAAGGUCGAAAGGGCUCGGGUAUAUCUUAGCAAGAUCUGCUUUGAAAUGCUUGCAGAAAAAAGGUCGAACAUUGCUGCUGCCAAAGAGAGGGAUAGCUCGGAUGAGACAGCUGGAGGUGUUGAUAUCCUUGGUGUUGCUAUGCAGAGCGGAGGCUUCACUGAUCAGCAAAUUGUUGAUCAGCUGCUUACCUUCCUUGCUGCCGGCCACGAGACUACAGCUACCGCGAUGACAUGGGCCGUCUAUGUCCUGGGCAAGUAUCCAGAGGUACAGAAGAAACUUCGCGACGAGUUAUUGGCCUCAGACCUACCGGACAUUCGCAGCACCACAGCGCAAGUCACCGCCGAGCAAAUCGAGCAACUGCCAUAUCUCCAUGCUGUCACCAACGAAGUGCUUCGCUAUUAUUGCCCUGUACCGAUGACUAUUCGCGUCGCGGUAAAAGACAUCGUCCUCUCUGGACAACACAUACCCGAAGGUACAACUGUUCUCAUGCCGCUCAUCGCCGCGAACCACAAUUCGGCAAUGUGGAGUGAAGACCCGAAAGUGUUCGACCCGGAGAGAUGGAUGGGUUCUGGAAGAGCCAACACUGGUGGUGCCGAGAGCAACUACUCGAACAUGUCUUUCUCUCACGGACCGAGAGGGUGUAUUGGAGCUAGUUUUGCCAAAGCCGAAUUCGCAUCAUUGCUCGCCGCCUGGGUGCUCGGCUUUGAGACCACGUUGGUAGAUCCGAACAUGAAGGCCGAUGUUACCGGUGGAAUAAUCAGGAGGAUUAAAGGAGGCCUGCGUGUCAAGGUUUCUCGUGUGAAGUCUUGAAGACGAUCAGGGAUGCUGCAUAGUCUGCAAAACCCUCCUUGCACACCAUCAUGCACCUCCGAGGGAGUUGAAUAAGCCUUAGGGUCACUUUAUUUAUACAGCCGCUCUUCCGUACAAUUCUCGGCUCCAGGAUACGAAGGAGUAUGGCGCGAUCCAGGGACUCGGUAAGUUAAUAUACAUGGGCGGAAGAUUCUCGGCAUAUUGAUCGACAUAGCGCAAUACAUUCACAAAUGCCUACAAUAUACACAAUCAAUGCUUUACUGUGGCGCAAUAUUAGUGCCGAAGGG